UAAAAAAUCUUUGCUGCAAUGGCUUCCGCGGAGUCGCAACCACGGUUUGGUCAAUCUGUCAAAGGUUUAUUGUCCGAUAAAGUGGGCUCCUGCAGCGGGGAUGUGAUCGCCUUGACUCGCCAGGUGCUAAAGGGAUCACGGAGUCAAGAGCUCCUGGGACAGGCCGCCAGAAACAUGGUCAUUCAGGAGGAUGCCAUUCUGCACUCAGAGGAUAGUUUGAGAAAAAUGUCCAUCAUCACCACCCAUUUGCAAUAUCAACAAGAGGCCAUCCAGAAGAAUGUGGAACACUCCAAAAACCUUCAGGAUCAACUGAGGCAUUUACUGAAGUGAAGUGUCAGCACUAUGACUAUGAGCUGCUCCUGUCUGUCACCAUGUUGUUUCUUGGGAGAACAUUUCCCCCCAGGAAUCGCAGUACCCCUGGUGCACUGCUAAAUUAUUUAGCCAUUUAAACAAAAACAUUUUUUUGAAGAAAAAUCUAAUUUGCUCACGGGCUUUCAUGUGUUUGAAACAAGAGCUUGACACCACGACAGUUGUUUUCCAUUGGAGCACUGCGAUUGGUUGCCCAAAAUUCUAGGGCGGGGCUUGGAAAAGGGUCAAUUCUAUCAAUGUUCUGUAAUGUUGCACCUUCCUGACGUAGCCCCUGGCCUUUUGGACUGGAUGCCUCCUGGAAGUCUCCCCAGGUACAUGCUGUUCUUAAGAGUAUGCAUAUCAGCAUAUGGCGCUCUUAUCCUGCAUAUUAGAGUGACUCUUAUUUAUUAAAGUCCUACUCCAGUCUC